CCAUUACCUAGUUUUCGCCAUCUCAACAACAAGCAUUAUCACUAAAACAAGCUGUUCUCUUUACUUUCCUCCUUCAACAUGACGACAACAUCUUCUUCCUCCAAUACCAUGACCUACUAUGACAUCGCCAUGCGCCCCCCAUGUGCGAAGACAUGCUGCAGCCCCAACCCUUGGAAGGCUCGAUUGGCACUCAACUUCAAGAAGGCUGCCUAUUCAACCACAUGGGUGCCACUACCGGACGUGUCCAAAGUCCGCCGCGGUCUCGGCCUGCCCCCUUGUCGCAAAUUUGCCGAUGGCACCGACUUUUAUACCCUCCCCAUUCUGUCCGACCCAAGCACGAACUCAAAAAUCGGCGACUCCUUUGAUAUUGCGGUCUACUUACAACGGACAUAUCCCACCUCCGGUGCAGGUGACCUGUUACCCCCUCAGACACUCGACUUCGUCCUCUCGCAGGAGUUUGCGCAGCUCAUACCGCUGUCCGAGCGCAGUGAGGGCGAAUUUGAUGAAUAUGCUCGGUUCAACACGAAUGUCGACGCAGCAUUUACCGCACAUGUUGCGCUCGGAGUACAGGGCAUGCCUCUUGACCCAGAGACUGCUGAGACGACCAAGGCUGAAUUCGUCCGGCGCGCGGGGGUGUCAUCAUGGGAUGAUUUCACGUUGCAUGGGGAGGCGCGAGAGAGGGUGAAGAGUUCUUUCCGGGACACGCUAGGGGAUCUCGCCAAGCUGUUUUUGAGAGAUCCCAGUGGGCCCUUUGUACUUGGACAGCAGCCCAGCUAUGCGGAUUGUAUUGUUGGGGGGUGGCUGCGGAUGCUGUGUGUUACUCUGCCGGCGACUGAGUGGGAGGAGUUGAGAAGCUGGCAUGGGGGUGUUUUUGGACGGCUACAUGAUGGAUUGGAUAGAUUUGCGGAAGUUAAAUAGAUCAUUCAAUUUUGCCUUGAGAUAAUGUCGGGGAAGGGUGUUUCAAGAGCAAAGGGAAAAAGGAACUAAAAGACAUAGAAGUGUCCAUUUGAACAUUCGAAAGGCGGUAAUUUCCUGUGCAUUGAUCUCGACAAUCAUGUAUUGCAAAUGUGUAGCAGAGCAUCCAUAAAAGUCGAUAGCCUGACCUGAUUGCAAUUUUGAUAUAGCAUAG